AUGGCCCAUCUCUUCCCGUGUGAGGAAGCACAGGCACCACCACAGCCCGAGCAAAAGACCAGAGGGUCCAAAACCAGAGGUGAAGACGGAGACGACGCUGAGGUCAUCUUUGUUGGAGUGCAGCACGUCCGUGAGGAUGCUGAAAUCCUCUUUGUCAGAGUGAUUUCAAGUUCAAAGCCAGUCAUUUCUAACAUUUUGAACAGAGUGACCAGGGACUCAUCUUCAAGAAGAAAGAAGGGCCACGUGAGUCCAGACCCCUCCUGCACGUUGCAACCUGCGAAUCUCAGGAGCCCAGCAUCAGAGCCAGCGGCCGUCUCCCCAGCUUCUCAGUCUGAACGGGGAGGAAGAGACAGUCCUGUUAUUUUCGAGCCUUCGUCUAAACCUGAUUAUAAAACGAGCUCUCUGCAAGCCGAGCUUCACAAUUCAGAACUGCUCUCUCCGCGGCCUCACUAUCUCUCUGGAGCCAUUCUCUCAUUAGGAGGCAAGGAUGAAAGUCCUCUUAAUUCAAAGCGGUGUUCCAGUUCAGAUGUAAAUGUUAACGGUGGGAAUCCCAAAAGACCUAAACUCAGCGAUGGAAUCCCAGGGGGACCUGCCUCCACCAUGCCCCCUCCAGGAAUCUCUCCUACAAAGAACACGAUAAUGACCUUGGAAGAUCUCCCGACCUCACCGAGCCAUGUUCACGGUGGGGCAUCAUUUUCACGGACUCACGCAAAUGACCAGGCAUGCUUCAGUCUUAUGGAUCCAGAAAGAACACGUAGUUUGGAAAGGCUGGAGAAACCAGACUUUUUGACUCUAGCAAGUCAGAGCAAGACUGUUGAUGCCAUGAAAGGAAAUCUGGUCAUGUUAUUCGACGACUUUUCCUAUGGACAGCAUACAGGAGAUGGGCAGCCAGAACCGAAGACUCACACAGCCUUUAAAUGCCUCAGCUGCUUGAGAGUUCUAAAAAAUGUCAAGUUCAUGACCCAUGUGAGGAACCAUCUGGAGCUUGAGAGGCAGAAGGGUGACGGCUGGGAAAUCCACACCACCUGCCGGUGCUGCCACCGCCAGUUCCCCACCCCGUUCCAGCUGCAGUGUCACAUUGAAAGUGUCCACGCUCCCCGGGAGCCCUCCGCGGUCUGUAAAAUCUGUGAAUUGUCCUUCGAAACCGAUCAGGUUCUCUUACAGCACAUGAAGGACAGUCACAAACCUGGCGAAAUGCCCUAUGUGUGCCGCGCUUGCAAUUACAGAUCAUCAGCCUUCGCUGACGUAGAGGCGCAUUUUAGAACGUGGCAUGGAAACACGAACAAUUUGCUUUGAGUGCUUUGCCUCAGAAUUUUCAAACUGGCGACAUCCUUCGUAAAUCACGCCUGGAGGCACUGGAACAAGAGGGUCUUUCCGUGUUCCAAGUGCCGGCUGCAGUUUUUGAACCUGAAGGAGAAGGCAGAGCACCAGACCAAGCAUCAUCAGUCAUUCAAAACGCCAGAGCAAUUGCGAGGGCUGCCUCCUGAAACAGAGGUCACGAUCCGAACUUCAGUUCAGCUGGGACUGAGAGAGACAGCAUCCAUCGCUGUGAGGAACACGGACUCCCAAGCGCCAAAGACCACGCAGAAGCUGACUACGAACACCAAAUAUUCCAGACGUCUUGCAGCAAGGGAUCUGGUUAAAAACCAUGCUCUACCCACCUCCGGAAAUUCGAAAAAGCCCUAUUGA